CACACGUCCGCUGUCACAAAUAUAGGAAAUCAUGGCAUAAACAAUGUUUGUGUUUGUAAAACUAAAUAAUCUAACAACAAUUAUGUGAAUCACCACAUAAUUAUUCCCAAUAAUGACGACGCUUGCUAAGGAACACACGAAACAGUAAAUAUUAUUCAGUUCCAUUCAGGUAUGUGACAAAAUGUGCAGUGCACAGGUUACGAUGUCUGCUACAUCAUGGAAAGCUCCACCCAAGACAGUUUUGAUCCAGUCCUGAUCGCACAAAGCGAAUCGUCACUAUCCUUGAGCUCAAGUUCAGAAGAAAAUAUUAAAGUGAUAUCUUAUUUGGAUAGUAAUUAUCAAAUAACGGGUUCAAAACAUUAUUUGUACUGUUACGUACCUGAUAGAUAUAGUAGUACACAGACAAAGCAACCUGCUUAUACUUCGGAUGACUCCAGCGAUGAAGAGAUAAUGAUAUGUAAUAGUAAUAGAUCAGUGAGCGUGGGCAGCGACACGAGCCACUAUACGGACUUGAGGGACCAUAGCCAUGGCACAACACACGGGCAUCGAUACAUUGUAUACAGACUGUCUCAGCAGAACCAAACCGAAAGCUAUAAUAUGCGAAGAGAGAGAAUGAGGAACAAGGAACCAGUAGUUGUCAUUGACAAUCUGUACGGUAAACAUGAUAUAAAAUCGAUGGUAAAUCAAAUUCUAGCAAGAAAUGAAUUCUCCAAGGUUUCCUCACUCUAUGUGGUGGUACCGACGUCAGAGGAGGAUGUUUCCAAACCUGUGAAGACACCUCCCCGGUCUUCGAUUUGUGUACAGUUAUCAAAUCAUCAUAACUGGAACGAAAAUGACGAGAUUGAUGAAAUAGAAUUACCUACUCCAAAAACGCAUAGUUUAAAGAUAUCAACAAAAGGCAAAAAGUUUUGCUUGGAAGGUUUACAAGACACAUUAUCGUCUUUCAAUGAAGAGGAAAGUAAGAGUAAGGUCAAAUGCUCAAAUAUGAUAAAAAUGCUCAAUAAGCAUAUAAAGAAAGAAAUGGUAGAAAAGGCGUUAAUUACAGAAGAAAAACUAUUGAUAGAAAAAAGAGAGAAGGCAACGAAGAACAAGCUGUGUCAAAUAACUACUCCUGUAGAAAUGGUUCGAAAAUUCCCACGACGUAUAAGUGAUGACACGGCUGUCAUCGACCAAGCACGCUCCCAUUACACCAAUGAAUCAUCGAAUGUUGUAUCUGAUAUAAUCACUCCUCUACUAGUAAACCAAGGUUUGAAAUGUGGUACACAUCAAAGAAGGCCGGUAAUGGUAAACGUGACGCAACAAGCAUCAAUCGUAUCCAUGAACCGCGAGUGCUCGGUAGCUCCAUGUCAGCUGUCUACUGUUGGCCGCGGACGCCGCAACGCUAUACAAUUGGAUGAAUGUCCGAUACGGGCAGACUGUCGUCCAGCAGAAAACCAAGAUGACGGGGACGCUAACGAGCCCCCAGAUAUUGGUAUGUGUGGUUGCUGCCCUGAGAAAUUCAAGCAAAUGUUAAAACAAGCACUAGCAGAAAAAGCAAAUAAUUUGAAGUCCACAGGAUGUGGUGGCAUUGAAUUUGACCUGCCGCUGGAGUCGGUGAUUAAUGAAAACAAUUAUUUAAAUGGUAAUGAAAAUGGUGACUGUCAAAAUCCUGAACCAGAGUGCGAAGAUACAAGUGCAGGGUGUACGUGUAGUGGUAAAAAAAAGCGCAUGUCAUGCCCAUGUGAAUUAUUUCCACUGCCUAUAUCUAAAACUAGUAAUGGUCCAAAAGAUGGGACUAGAUCGUUAAGCUGCCAGUGCUGUAAUUGUAUAGAAUCUAAACUGAAAUUUUGUGCUGGUGUUAAAAACUUAGGGUCAUGUACAAUGGAAGUAGUUGGACCCGCCGGGGGAAUUUCACUAAUAGAACCCAACGGAACUUACACUCAAGCAGGCAUGAUUCAGAGCCAGGUCGCUACUAGCACAGAUGAGGAACCUCCUCAAAAGGAAUGUGAUUGUGAGGACAAAAAGCCACAAUCCUUUAUGAGUGGACUAAGUAAAUGGUAUACUAAGAAUUUUUGUGAAUGUCCUUGCCAAGAUCCCGAACCUGAGCCUGAGCUUGAGCCUCAAGUUGUGCUUAGGCGAAAACCAGAUCCUGACAUUUGCAUUGCACCAACUCCUGGAAUCACAAUUGUGCCAGAUCCAGAAGUCGACGAAGAAGCACAGAGACGAAACGCUGAAAUGAUGGAAGAAAGAAGGAGAUUUAAAGAUAAAUCAGAUAGUACACAUGCAGUAUCUGGAUUCAGAUUGUUUAAGAAGAAAGCGCAGCCCCCAGCCAAUCAAGAGCCACCACAAGUAGAGCUUACAAUGGAAGAGGCUGUCAGGUACUAUGCUAGUUUAAAUCCAGAGAUUAUACAAGAUUUUAUCCCACCACCAAUAAUCAUCCGCGAAAAAGUUGAAUUUAAAGAGUGUAAAUGUGACGAGAAGAAGAAGAAAAAGAAGAAAGCUAAGAAAGAAACGGUUGUCAUAUGUGAAUGUCCCAUUGACUCCGAGCCACUCACGGCGCCAGAAUCAGAUCAAAAUCCAGUAGUAGUGGUGGUUCCUGAUUCUAUGUUACAAACUGAGAACAACAUUGAGACUGACGAGCCACAGAGUGAGACACCUGAACCUCCAGGAGAAGGACCAACCGGAGGUAUCAAGUUGGCUAUGCCUGGCAAAGGUUCCGGAUCUAAGGGUCUUCAGAAUCUAUAUUGCUUCGAUAAAGAUAAAAUGGACUAA